AUGAAUUUCGGCCAGGAGGAAGAAGACGACAGCAGCAGUAAAGACACCGCCGCAGCUGCCGAAGAAGAAGCAGUAGGGCACGAGGAAGAAGAAGAAGACGACGAAUUAGACGAAGAGCAAGAAGUAGAAGUAGAAGUAGAAGAAGAAGACGACUAUGGUGCUGCUCCCCCAAUUCCAACCCCCAAUCUCCAUUUCCCUUCCACUUACAACGAUCCUUCCUCCCAAUCUUUUUCUUCUGCUGCUUCUCCUUCUGCUCUCCAGUACCGAAACUUCCUCCCUCAACACCACCACGCCGCCGCCGCCGCCGCACCGUCCUCCGCGGCCUUCAAUUUCAAUUUCGACGACCGGCGGCUCGAAUUCGUCGACCUGUCGCUCGGGAGCUCGAGCGAGGCGGAUCCCGAUCUCCACCGCGGAGCCGGGCCGUCCUCGUCGGCGGCAUCGGCCUCGCCGAUAGAGAAGGAGCACAUGUUCGACAAAGUGGUGACGCCGAGCGACGUCGGGAAGCUGAACCGCCUCGUGAUACCGAAGCAGCACGCGGAGAAGUACUUCCCCUUGGAUUCCUCCUCCAACGAGAAGGGCCUCCUCCUCAACUUCGAGGACCGCCACGGGAAGCCGUGGCGGUUCCGCUACUCGUACUGGAACAGCAGCCAGAGCUACGUGAUGACGAAAGGGUGGAGCCGGUUCGUGAAGGAGAAGAAGCUCGACGCCGGGGACAUCGUCUCGUUCCAGCGCGGCGUCGGCGAGGCCGGGAAGCACCGACUCUACAUCGACUGGAGGCGCCGCCCCACCGCCCCAGAUCCGAUGUCUUUCCCUCACCACCACCACCACUUCGAUUUCCAGAAUCAGCUCCGUUUCCCCCAAUCCGUACGGUGGGGGAGGCUCUACUCGCUGCCUCAAUUCCCUCCUUCCUCCGCCGCCAGGCAGUACGACUAUCCGCAGCAGCAGCCGCCGCCGCCAUUCCACCACCAGCAAUUGAAUUACGGUGCGAUUCACCCUCUCCAGAAUCCAUACGGCCAUAACCAGUACUACCACCAAAAUUACCAACAUCAUCAACAGCAGCAGCAGCAGCAGCAGAAUCAGUACUACUUGCGGCCGCCGGGGGCGACGGCGGAUUAUCCGCUGGCUGCUUCGGGGACGGGAGGAGGAGGAGGAGGUGGAGAGCACGCGCCGAUGGUGAUCGAUUCGGUCCCCGUGGUUCACGGGAAGACGGUUGGGAAGCGGCUGAGGCUGUUUGGCGUGACCAUGGAGUGCCAACCGCCUCAAACCGACGACGCGUCGUCGUUUUCUCCAGGCACAUAUCCACAUCAGCAGCAGCAGCAGCAACCUCAUCAUCAUUACUUGUCUUCUUCCUCUUCUUCGCCGUCGCCAUCGUCGUUGUCCAUUCCGCCGCUCCAAUUCCAAGGAGUGCCGACUACGGCCACGCCGUCGCAAAUGGCGAUGCAUCACCGGCAGCGGCAGCGGCAGCAGCAGCAGAAUGAGUAUUCAAAGAAAGGAAAGACUUCCUCCUUGUCCUUCGAUUUGGAUCUUUGA